AUGGCCGCCUCCACCAUGUCUGUCUGCUCUGAUGCUUGUACCAACUCCUCCUGGCAGGUAGACGACUGCCCAGAGAGCUGCUGUGAGCCUAGCUGCUGUGCCCCCACCUGCUGUGCCCCCAGCUGCUGCCAGUCUAGCUGCUGUGUCCCCACCUGUGCCCCAGCCCCCUGUCUGACCCUUGUCUGCUCCCCAGUGAGCUGUGUGUCCAGCCCCUGCUGCCAGUCUGGCUGCAACAGCUGCUGCACACCCUCAUGCUGCACCUGCUCCCCCUGCCAGCAGUCCUGUGGUGUGACUCUUUGCUGCAAGCCUGUCUGCUGCACACCUGUCUGCUGUGGAUCCUCCUUAUGCUGCCAGCAGUCUAGCUGCCAGUCCUCAUGUUGUCAGCCAUCCUGUGGUAUGACUCUUUGCUGCAAGCCUGUGUGCUGCACACCUGUCUGCUGCACACCUGUCUGCUCUGGAUCCUCCUCAUGCUGCCAGCCAUCCUGCUGUGCACCUGUCUGCUGCAAGCCUGUCUGCUGCAAGCCCUGCUCCAGCAUGUCCCUGCUCUGCCGCCCUGUGUGCAGACCUGCCUGCUGUGUGCCCACCUCCUCCUGCUGUGCCUCCUCCUGCCAGCCCAGCUGCUGCCGCCCAGCCUCGUCCUGUGUGUCCCUGCUGUGCCGCCCUGCCUGCUCCCGCCAGGCCUGCUGUGGCCUCUCCUCAGGCCAGAAGUCCAGCUGCUGUUGAUGGGCCUGAUCCUGGUGCCAGCUGGUCAGGUCCCUCAUGUGGACACUCAGCUUCUCCAGUCUCAACCUGAUCUGGGACAGAUGGUCCCCCAGCAUGGAGCCCCCAACCUGUCCUUUGUGACUUGACCUCUCCUCCUGUUUCCCAGGAAGCCUGCUGAUCCUCUUGGACCAUGUCCUUCCCCCUGUCCCUCUGUUCUGGUUGCUACCUGCAUCAAUGUGUCAGUGGCCCACGGCUUCAAUAAACCCUUCUA